CGAUGAGAGAGGGGAGUCAUGGCCUUGUCAUUGAGCGGAGACGAUGAGGAAUAUGAUUCAGAGUCUGAGCAGAUCUCAGCACAAUCCAACACAACAAACAAAUCAGAUCGAUGGAGCACCCACCUCGCACCUUGCAGUACGUAAAGGACCUGCAGCUAACCGGAGCCAGAUAUCACAGCACCUUCAGAGGUCUAGUGGACAACGGGCAGCCAACCGUCCAAAGCCCAAGAUGGCCACGACGUCAGCCGUUAAGCUGCCGUCCAACCGCAGCUCGUCCGGAGCCAGACGCAGGAGGACGCGCUGCCGAAAGUGCGAGGCGUGCCUCCGGACCGAGUGCGGAGAGUGUCACUUUUGCAAGGACAUGAAGAAGUUCGGCGGGCCGGGGCGCAUGAAGCAGUCCUGCAUCAUGAGACAGUGCAUCGCGCCCGUCCUGCCCCACACAGCUGUGUGUGUGGUGUGCAAAGAAGCAGGGAAGGAGGACACGCUGGAGGACGAGGAGGACAAGUUCAACUUCAUGCUCAUGGAGUGCUCCAUCUGCAACGAGAUCGUCCAUCCCAACUGCCUCAAGGUGAGCGACGCGUCGGGAGUGGUGAACGACGAGCUCCCUAACUGCUGGGAAUGCCCCAAGUGCAACCACGCUGGGAAAAGCGGAAAAGUAUUGAAGCAAAAAAGGGGCCCAGGGUUCAAGUACGCCUCCAACCUCCCGGGCUCUUUGCUGAGGGAACAGAAGCCGGUGAAGGAGGAGGGGGACGUGUCUUCGGCGGCCAAGAGGAGACCCGAGAGGGAGGAGACGCCCCGAUACCGACCGGAGGAUCCCCUGCACCGACAGCCGCCGCUGCUCUCCCCGAGCAACCUGCCCCGGCCCAGACCUGAGGACAAGCUGAGGAAGAAGAGGAAGCUUUUUGAAGAUGAUGAGGAAGGAGAUCCCAGUGUGAGGAAAAAGGAGAGGUCCGAGGAUCCGUAUUUUCUGCAUCGAAUCAAGACUGAAGCGGAGGACGAAGACGCGUACGUGGACGAUUACGAAGAAGGUAAAGAGUCGCACUUCCGAAGCAUCGCCGAGAGGAGAGGGCGCUUCGGAGAAGCUGAAGAAGACGGAGAUUAUAAAGACUCCAAGAGUGACCUUUUGAAUCCCUGCAUUAAAACAGCGAUCGGAGACAGCGACCAGUCCCACUGCAGCUCCCCGCAGGCCGGCCCCAGCAGCGAGGGCGGAAGCGAGACGCAGGAAAAGGGUCCGCGUCCCAAAGCUCGCCGCAAGCGCCGCUUGCCGAACAAGGAGCUGAGCCGGGAGCUGAGCAAAGCGCUGAACCAGGAAAUCCAGAAGACCGAGGACUGCCUGGCCAAUGAGAACCGGCAGCCGCUCAAGGUGGAACCAGAGACUGAAAACGAGGAACCCAAGAGGUUGUUCCGCAACGGCAAUGAGCUCGGGGAUCAGAGGGCCCACCUCAAGACCAAAGAGAUUAACGGGACGCCCUGGGAGCUGCGCCACUUCUACCCGAGUCAGAUCACCCCGUUGGGCUUCAACAGGAGCACCCCGACCACCCGGCCGGUGCCGCCGCGCUCGCCGCCCAAGUGCGUCCAAAUGGAGAGGCACGUCAUCCGGCCGCCUCCCAUAAGCCCGCCCCCCGACAGACUGCCUCUGAAAGACGGAAAAACGCACGUCAUACAGCGCGAGGUCUGGAUGAAGAUAUUCGGCUAUGUCACACACCAGGAGCUGUGCGUCUGCAUGCGAGUUUGCAAGACGUGGAACAGAUGGUGCUGCGAUAAAAGACUUUGGACGAGGAUUGAUCUGAAUCGGUGCACCUCCAUCACCCCUCUUAUGCUAAGCGGGAUUAUCCGCCGACAACCACUUUCCCUGGACCUCAGUUGGACCAACAUUUCCAAGAAGCAAUUAAGCUGGCUCAUUAAUAGAUUACCAGGCCUGCGGGUGUUAAAGCUGUCGGGGUGUUCCUGGGCCGCCGUGUCUGCGCUCUGCACGUCCAGCUGUCCUCUGCUACGCACCCUGGAUGUCCAGUGGGUGGAGGGACUCAAAGACCCGCAGAUGAGGGACCUCCUGUCUCCCCCCACAGACAACAGACCAGGUCAGCUGGAUAACCGCUGCAAGUUGCGGAACGUGGAGGACCUUCGGCUGGCGGGCCUGGACAUCACCGACACGUCUUUACGCCUCAUCUGUCGACAGAUGCCUUUGCUGUCCAGGUUGGACCUGAGCUACUGCAACCACAUCAACGACCAGUCAGUCAACCUGCUGACAGCAGCAGGGACCACGACCAGGGACUCCCUCACAGAAAUCAACCUAUCAGUUUGUAACCGAGUCACAGACCAUUCCCUGAACUUUUUCAAGCGCUGCGGGAGCAUCUGUCAGAUCGACCUGCGCUUCUGCAAACAGGUGACCAGGACGGCCUGCGAAAGGUUCAUCGCAGAGAUGUCUGUCAGCGUCCCGUUCAGACUGAAAGAGGACAAACUGCUGCAGAAGACGAGCUAGUUCCUAAAGGGGACAAAAAGUACUGAAACAAUGUCUUUGCACUUAAUGGAAGAACUGGUCCUGUGAUAAGUCUCUGAUUCACUGUCACAAUAAAGUGAAGAGAACGAGGAAGUUUCUGGAUGGAAAUCUGUGAAUCUGACGUGAGGCGCUGAUGAACAUUCACUGGACAGAUAAAGAGGAAAUGCAUGUAUUUCUGUCGACAGUACUUUUUUUAAAAGACAUGCUUGCAAGUGAGUGUAUAAUUUUUAUUCUUUAAAUAUUGAAAAGCAUAUUUUUAUACUAGCAUCAUUUCAUGAGUUCGGUGUCUCAGGAGACGAGUUUCACAGACUGUGCGGCGCGCGGACCGAAGAUCGCCCCCUUCGGUUUGACUCGUGUCACAGCGUACGUGCCAAAAUCUCUGCUUCUGUUGUCACCUCAGUAUCAGGCAGAAAACAGCAUGUACAGCAGUAUCUGACAGAUUAUCUUUGAAUAUAUAGAAUGUAUUUCAAUGACGAUAAAACUGAUUUCAUGCUCCUGUUACGCCCUCAUGCCUUUUAUGUUGAUACCUUGAACUGUGGAGUGUUUUGCUUGGUGGAGUUUUCAGAUUUCAACAUUAAUUUAUUGACUUUUUUUUUUAUUAUUAUUAUUACUGUUUGUAUUUAUUCAGUUGGCACAGACGUCUCGCAUAACUGGGUCAAAUACUGUGUGCGACUAAUUUAUCAGGGUGGUCUGAGCCUGAUGCAUCACCCAGUUGUUGGGGUUCGGUAGCGGGAAGUUUGACGUUCGCAGCUAAUAGCGCCGACUUUCUGUAAUUCUGUAAGACCCCACACAUCUGGUUCUUUGUACUGGUUUAUAUAAGCAUUUAAUUAUGACCUGUGCAAAUGACUAAUUUGCAUACAUUUAAAAAAAAAUAUACUCCCUACUGUAGGUGUUGUAUUUUGGGUGUUGUGCUGUAAUAUAUCACCUCAGGUGAAUGUGAUAAUGUUUAUAUUUGUAAAUCCAAAUAUGAAGUGCUAAUAUGCAUUAAAAAAUCAUUUGUAUCA